AUGGACAAGAGCAACAACACCGAGAACCCCGGCCUGAUCGCGGGACACGCGCAAUACGUCAAGGGCGCCGCUGAGGCGACCGUCGGCUCCGUCACGGGCAACCAAGCCUGGGCCACGUCAGGCGAGCAGGACAAGAACCAAGCCAUCGACGCCAUGAAGGCUGCGAGCGAGAACCGCGAUGCGAACCAGGGCCUUGGCGGCGUCGAGCAGGCCGCAGGGAAUCUUGUGGGGUGUGAGGGCAUGCAGAAGGAGGGUGCGGAGAGCAAGAAGCAGUAG